AUGGUGAAGCGUCAGGCAGACCUGACGACUUUAGGGCAAAAGUUAGAGGACAUCCGCGCCUUGAGGAAGCGUGUGGGAGACGGCAACAGUUUGAUGAUUGCGACUUCACCAGGUUGUAUGCAGUGCAUGGGCACCUUGAAGGAUUGUUCAGCGAACUACGAGCCUUUGCGUGCUGUUCUGCGGUGCAUGCUGAAGUCGAAAACCAUCGACAGCCCUUCUAUUGAUGCCUUGUUGAUUGAGUGCCAGGGUUUCCUAGAGCUUUGCCACUACCCGGAGCCCGAACGUAUCCCGGCUUUGGCAUUGCGUGACGCUUGGGGAAUCAAACGGAGUUUGACUACGUUGAGAAGGAAGUGGGCGAGACCCGAGAUUCCGAAGGACUCCGUUCAAGACCCACAGGUCCGGCUGUUGGUCAAGAUGUAUGACACGAUUACUGAGGACGGCAUCCACAUUCCCCGCCGGGCAAGCACAGAGGAGGAUGUUGGUCACGAUGCAGCCCCGGAUGGAGAUGAAGCUUCUGCUGGUGAUGCUGUCUAUGAGCUGGGUGCUGAUGAGGUUGAGGACGAUUCACGGCUGGUUGUGCUUACAGGCGAUUCCGCCGCAUCCUCAGGACAUACCACCCCAGCUGGAUCAGUAGCGCCAGCAGGUGCAAGUGAGCCCAUCGCUGGUGAGUCAACAGAGCCAACAGGUCCAAGUGAGCCCAUCACUGGUGAGGCAACAGAGCCAGCAGGUCCAAGUGAGCCCAUCGCCCGUGAGUCAACAGAGCCAACAGGUCCAAGUGAGCCCAUCGCCCAUGAGUCAACAGAGCCAACAGGUCCAAGUGAGCCCAUCGUCCGUGAGUCAACAGAGCCAACAGGUCCAAGUGAGCCCAUCGGUUCUGGGUCGGCAGGGUCAUCAGGUCCAAGUGAGUUUGUUGCCGGGUCAGCAGGAUCUGCAGGAUCAGGUGGUGGCCCAGCUUGGGUUUCUGACACGACAGGUUUGGCGCAGUUGAUCCGAGAGCUUCAGGAUGAGGUCCUGCAAGGACUUCUGCUCCGGACAGAAAGGAUCUGA